AUGCUUGAGGAUAAGCCCCGCCUCAUCGCUCAGUACAGCGAGGGAGCCCCCGUUCUGAAAUCGUACGUACUAGAAUAUAACCUGGUCUUUCUAAUUUCAGGCAAAGUCCAUUGUGAACUGUGUAGGGGCAAAUGUUCGGGGAACGCUCUGAGAGUCGGAGAAAAAUACUUCCACGUCAACUGUUUCAAAUGCGCGCAGUGCGGCGACUCGUUAGCGCAAGGCGGAUUCUUCUUCAAAGCUGGAAAAUACUACUGCACCAAGGAUUACCAGAAAUCAUUCGGCACUAAAUGCGAAGCGUGCAAGAAAUUCGUUGAAGGAGACGUUGUUACAGCCCUAGGUAACACAUACCACACAGCAUGUUUCGUUUGCGCUCGCUGCAAACAGCCGUUCCCAAGCGGCGAAAAGGUCACUUAUACCGGGAAGGAAUGUCUAUGUGUGAGAUGCAUCCAGAUUCCGGUGAAGAGCGAGUCGCCUCUUCUAGAGUCGAAAGGGGACUGCGCCGGUUGUGGAGACGCUCUUGUCGACGGUCAGGCCCUAGUCGCCUUGGAUAAACAAUGGCAUAUUUAUUGUUUCAAGUGCACAGCUUGCGGACAACUCCUCCAUGGGGAGUACAUGAGCAAAGACGACCAGCCCUACUGCGAGAAGGAUUACCAAACAAGAUUCGGAGUCAAGUGCGCACACUGUCAGCGAUACAUAACGGGGAAGGUCCUCCAAGCCGGCGAAGAUUCACACUUCCAUCCAACGUGUGCCCGCUGUUCGAAAUGCGGGGACCCCUUCGGAGACGGCGAGGAGAUGUACCUCCAAGCCGGGGCCAUAUGGCAUCCUCGCUGCGGACCACGACCAAACGGAGAUCUCGAGCAUCCAGAGGCCGCUUCACCGACGAGCAGUUCACGUUGUGAGACUCCCUUGAACAGCUCCGCAUCGAUUCCUCUUCAUCACUACGACUACUCGAUGCACGACCGCUCCACGACGCCGAUGUUGAACGACCUUUCGAGAGUCUAUGCCUGUUCGUAUCUCACUCAGGGUCCGACACUGGGCUACCUGCGACGACCUCUUCAACCAAACCCUCCGAAAUCGCCGAAUUUCCAUCAACCACCGCAUCAUGACCGUAAGGUUUACGGUCGUAUCCACAUAAACAAGCAAGGAAUGCAGGUCCUCGUCGACAGCCUUGCUCACACAGGGGACCGCGUCAGGUCUCCUCAUAUGAACAACGAGGAACCUAUCGAGCUGGCACUCUAUCCUGAUGCGAAGAAACCUCAGAAGAAGCAGGUCCCGCCCAUAGAACGGGAUGAUUUUCCUGCACCCCCGUAUCCGUACGCUGAUCCAACGGAGCGAAUCCGCAGGAGCUCCGUUGGCUCAGAUACAAUUGAUCGGGAAGAUCAAGUCGACCUCGCAAGUGUUCCAGCCGAUCCGAAGUUGAAGAAAGAAGAGGAAGAACUGGAGAAGAUCUCUUCGGGAAUCGGGAAAGUUUUCCUGAAAACCGUCAAAGAGCGCGAGAAGAUGAGAGCUUACAAGAUGACGCAUAUUGAUCCGAGAAACGCGUCCCGUGUUCCCUCAGCUUCGCGAGAAAUCGCCGCUCACCUCCGCUACGACAACCCUGUCAAUGCCUCUCCGUCUCGAGAUCUCGAUCGACCCCGACCUUGGGAGCUAGAUCCAGAUUUCGACCGCAAUUCAAUACUCCGGGGGUCUGCGAGGCCGCACGAUGUGCACAUAAAUUAUAAUGUCGUGUCAUCCUUACAUCAACCUCCGAAACCGGGAUAUGGUCUGAGUGCAAAGUCUGCGACUCUUCCAGCUGGGACGACGUCCCACUAUGCGACGACCAUGACUUCACACUCAGCUAAUCCUUUCAAAACCGCGUCUUCGGACUUCGGUUCGGACCGGUCCGACGGGAUGUCGAUCGCGUCCUCUGAUGUACGUAGCAAAUCGGCGAUGAACCACUCUCGGAGUGGAGAAGGCCAGGCGUUCUGUGGCAUGAGACAUGCAUCGUACUCACCGCAUUUACGGCGGUCAAUGCCCAACGUCAAUUGGCACUUGUCCCAGGACCCUCCGAGACUUUAUCCCUACCACCUGCUCUGCACCGCCAACUACAGGCUUCCGGGUGAUGUUGACAGAUGUCAUCUCGAAAGGCAUCUCUCCAAUCAGGAGUUCGAUCAGAUCUUCCACAUGGACCGGCUACAGUUCUAUCGGCUCCCCGAAUGGCGUCGAAACGAUCUUAAGCGCCGAGCCCGUUUGUUCUGA